AUGUUGAACAAUGAAAUUGAAAGUCUCUCCAGAUCGACGAAAAGGCUCGCCUUGAGACGGAAAAAGGGUCUGUUGCAAGAUGCUCCAACUAUAGAUUCGCGGAAUGACGAGAUAGAGGACGCGGACCGCAACGCAAACUUCUCCGAGGCCCCCGCCGAACAUCUCCAAGCAGAGACGGUAAAUGGUAGGAUGGACAACUGCGGAGGCGGUCAGCGCCUGCCCCCGGACGGGGACGAGUUUCCAGCAGCGUACCAGGAGUUCGGUGGCAACAGCCAGCAGUACCGUUUCGUGACGACGAGCACCGCGAGGACGUCGACGAUGAUCGCGAACGGCCGCCUCGUUUGCAACGAGAGCGACACGUACGCGAACGACGAUGGGUUCAAGUUGCUCGAGAGCAACGUGGUCGCCGCGGCUGGCAUUAUCUUGCCAGCGGACACCGGCAGGAUCACCGGUUUGUCCAGCGUCGAGAACGUCUGCCAGGAGGUGAGCAAGAUCGAACUGCCGAGCAUCGAGAUAAACGGCAAGAUGAGCGGCGAGAACGUUUGUCAAGACACGGGCAGCGGCGUUCUGGCUCGCGAGGGCCGCGAUUCGACGCCGUACGUCGCGGAUGACUUCGUUAAAAAGGCUCCAACGUCCGUGACCAACUACCAGACGACCAGCUACGGGACGCAACUCGAUGGUAACGUUCUGGUGUCGGAGAAGAAGAUCGAGAUCACGGGCUACUAUCACAAGGACGUGCCCGUUCUCGAGGAAGUGCAGGACCCUGUCGAGAAGGACGCCUUGGACACGCCUCCGCCAUUGCCGCUCACUGGCCCGCCCAACGUCGAGACGAUCUGCUCACCGAAGAUGGAACCAAUCUGCCCGUCGAAAUCAGAAACGAUCUGCUCGCCAUACGCGAGGAACGUCGCGAUCUUCGAGUCGACGCCGCGGAAAUUCUCGGUGAACGGUGAACUUUGGAGGCAGGACGACAAGUCGGAACGAUCGGUCCGAGAUAAGAUCGCGAUGUUCUCGUCGCAGUGUAGCCUGGAUGGUCCUCUGUUUCCUAAUUCGGUAGUGGCCAGCGCCGCGACGAACAACGGCCGGAGAUUGCCCAGAUACAAGUCCACGGAGGACGUGUGCAACGACGAGAAAAACACCGGCCAGAAGGAGAGGGUAUCCUUCUUCGCGGACAGGACGCAAAGCUCUUUCGACUUGACGGAUUCGGGGAAGAACGUUGGCCAAGAGCUCGGGAAGAAAUACAGGCGAUCGUCGAGCACGACGCACAGCACGUCGCCGACUGUCUACACCUCCAAGGCGUACCCGAUUGUCCCGCAAAAGCCAGCCACCUCGACAAUUAUACCGUCGUUCGACACAUCCUCGAUAGCUAAGUCGCCGAUAAAGAGCUACUCUCUGACGACGACGAGUCAGAAUUUGUCGUCGAGCGUCGCGAUGAAACCCGUCAUCACGUCGGCCCCGUUGUCUCGUGCCACCAGUUUCUCCGGAUCGAGCCCGUACACCCAGGACAGAAGUUCAACGACGAGCGAACUUUCGACGAUGCCGCAAGUGACGAGAACCAGCUCGCUGGCGUCCACGUUCAAAAGGCCCAGCGAGGACAUCCGGAGGACCAGCUUGAAUCAAUUGAUCGAGCAGAGGAAAAAGUCGAUAUCGAAGCUCAGGGGGUUGGUCAUCCCUGAGAAAGAGACGAUACCGAUCGACGCGCCUAUCGUUGACUUGCCUGAAAUCAAGUCGCGAGACUCGAUACUGCUGCAUCAGCUGCCGAAAGUGAACAUCCAGGACAAAUGGGGUUCCCAGAGUUCCUUGGCGAGCAACGCGAGCACGGCGAGCGUCCCCCUGAAAAACACCGCGUCCUUCAAGAUGCCAGCUCCUCAGAUACACUCCAAGUAUUCGCCAGCCUUCAAGAGGAAGAGCCUCGCGGUGUACGGGUCCUCCUCGGGCAGUUCGACGACAAACAGCAGCCCGAGGAAAAGCCCUUCGGCCACCAGCUGCACACCGCCACUGUCCGAACCUCCGAAAAGCCUGGAGAGCAUCUGCAGUCCGACGCGAAGCGACUACAGCUUCGAGUUCGCGUCUACGGCCAGCUCGCCGGAGGGGUUACGCGGCCGGCCGAGGACACAGGCGCAGAGGAAGGCCAGGAUGGAUUACGACGACUCGGACAACGAUUCUGCAGUGAGUAGCUCGCAGAGCAGCAUCUCGCGAGGCUUCAGUCCACCGAUGUCGCCGGUGCCCUCGGAACGAUCCACCGUUUCGUCGGAGAGAUCCUACGUCUCCACGGAGGCCAGCUAUCAACGACGUUCCCUCAUCAUGGACGGCCCGACUAGAACGUACGCGAGAGAGCCGAGCGUGGAAUUCACAUCAGCCAGAACCAACAUCGCGAACGACCGGCUGUUCAUCACCGACAGAUCAUCGUCGAGCAGCAGCAGCUCCGGCCUCAGAUCGCCGACGACAGACUUGAACCCGAGAAACUCUCAAAUACCUCAGAGGCAGUUGAAACGAUCAAACAGCACGGACACCAACUGCAGCACGUCGUCGACCCUCACCUCCGGUUCUCAGGCGAGCGCUGAGUCGUUGUCGAGAAGAGUACUGAAACCGCAGAGCGUGGAGGCGAUCAAUCGCAAGAAUAUCCUGGCCAGCGCCAGAUGCAGGAGCGGCAGGGAUCUGAAUGGCUCGCCGCUGAUCCAGAGGAAGUUCCCGGACGACGAGUGCCGAUCGGCAAUAUCCGAGAACGGCGAGGAGAGCUGCCAGAAGAAUCGCGCGAAAGACGCGGUUGCCAGCGCGCAGGAUGUAAAGAUCGCCUACAUAGAGGUGACAGGCUCGUUCGGCGAGGACGACUGUUUCCAGAAGAGCAACGACGGAUUAUCUUCGAAGAGAAACGUAACGGCCGCGACGAUGGCGAGUCGGCCGUCCAAGUUCGAGAUGAUAGAACCGUCCAACGACUUGAAGAUGUGGGUGCGCACAGAGGCGAAAGCUUUGGUAAGAUCGACCGAGGAGAAGACGGCUAACAAGAAGAAGGAGAACAAGUCUCGCGACGUCGAUGUCGACUCGAUGGACAACGGUUUGAAGAGCAACAAGCCUGCCGAUCUGUCGUUGAGCAGCAGACGAAGACAGGAAAACGAAAACGAAUUCUUGCAGAAACAACGGUCUCCAGUUGGUAUACCUACGAGGAAGUCUGCCGAAGAUCAGAACGAUCUUCUGACGAUACUGACGACGAAGAGUAGAUCUAGAUCGGCGAUACACGUGGACGACGGAAGUUUCGGCCGAUCGAAGAGUCAGAUGAGCCUGGAAGACAUUCUGAGUGCAAAGGCGGACACGAAAUUGAGAUGUCCAAGCGGUGAGACGAGAAUCGAAAAGAACAGUACACACUGUAACAUACAGAGCAAACCUUCGUGGGAGACUAGGGACAAUCGAUACGUUAGGAGAAGCUCGACAAUGUUGAACGAAUGCUGGAGCGAGGAUAAGACGUUCUCGAAGGGUGGAACGCUGGAGAAAUCGAGACUGGCCGAUAGCAGCGUGAACGAAACGACGGAACUCGAAAGGUCAAAGUCAACGUUGCUGUCAAAAAUCCCAGUGACGAGGAAUCUUGGUCGAAGGAGCGCCAGUGUCACGGACGUGAAGAAGGCGGUGGAAGUGGCCAGUCCGCAACAAACUGUCAAAGCUACUCACAACCGGUUCCCGAGUUUAGACAGCAGCGUGGACGAGAACGUGUCCCCGGCUGGAACUGACGUGGACACGGACAGAUGCUGCAGCGAGCAAUUUGGGAGUAUCAGUUCGUUGGCCAGUAGCACCAGCUUGAUCUCGCAGCAGGAACUGGCGCAGCUGGUGGAGGAGGCGAGUCUCGAGGAAGCUCGUGGCGCACACGACGUGAUAGUCGUGCUACUUCAUAAGGAGAAUCCAAGCGGCAGCGUUGGAAUUACUUUAGCUGGAGGAGCGGAUUGUGAAAUUAAAGAGAUCACGGUCCAUCGUGUGCUGGCUCAUUCCAUCGCCGACAAGGACGGCCGUGUGCAGAGAGGCGACAGGAUUCUGAGUAUAAAUGGCAGAAGCACGCAGGGCCUCACGCACAGGGAGAGCAUCGCGGUACUGAAGCAACCUAGGUCGGAAGUCGUUUUGGUUGUCUCUCGUGCGAGAUCCGAGGAAGGCUGCAAACUGAAAUCACGGACCGCCAGCGUCGAAACCAUCAUCGAAGGAUUCGAGACGAACGAUGCUGCAGAGGAUACCGCGUGGGGUCCACCGUCGGUUGUGGCGGUUUACAAAGACGGAACUGGUUUGGGAUUCAGUCUCGAAGGAGGCAGAGAUAGCCCUCUUGGAGACAGGCCACUGUUGAUCAAAAAAAUAUUUACCGGAGGUGCUGCCGAGAAAACAGGUGCUUUGAAAGCAGGAGAUCAACUAUUGGAAGUGAACGGUUACGACGUGACACGUAUGUCGAGAAUCGAAGCGUGGUCCCUCAUGAAGAAACUGCACGACGGCGAAGUGAACCUCCUAGUCAGGCACCCUGCCACCAAAUCAUCGUGAAUGAUAGUCAAAUUAAAAUAACGAACUGCGUAUGAAUGCGAUAUCAUUACGAUGCAACAAACUUCGAAUCUCGAAGUGUCAAAUGGCCAAUUUUCAUGCUGAAUCCGAUCAGAUCACGUACCAUCUCGCCGAUAUCUUGACACGCGAAAUCACGUUCUAUCAAGGGUACUUAGUUUGUCUUUUCGUUUUUUCAAAAAAUAACGAAUAUUUCGUUGAAACGUUACUUACAAUUGGGAUUCACAUAUUGUGCUUAUACGUAUGUAUACCGAGAUAAUAUUGUUAAGCAAUUAUUUGAAAAUCUCAGUUCACUGGGAGAUUUAUUUUGUUUUUUUUUCUUUUUUUUUUUAUUGUGGUACCAUCGAGUACGAUGCGUGACAUUUAUUUGCAUACAUUUCAUUACAUUAUAAAGGAAGGAAUGCUUUUUCUAAUCACUCGCUAUUAGUCUGCAUUGUAAGCUUGAUUCAAGGAAUAACGUGCGUUAUAGACGAGCAUUCCUAUUAUGAUUUUGUUUAAUAUGACAUUGCGAAAUAAAGGAAGAAAAAUUAUUUGUAAAUAAGAAUAGCGUGCAAAAAUUCGAAAUGCAAUUGUUCUAGAAAUAUGGCAUAUAUAAUAUAAAAAAAAAAGAAAUGUUAAUAUAAUGCAUCAUUAAAGUAUUUAAAUGUA